CUGGGCGCUGCGUGUCUCGGGUGGAGUUCCCCGCGAAGACAUUUAUAUCACCAGCACUCCUUCCCAAAGCCUUACGCGUGGACUGUUUGGAAAAUAACUUCUUAUUUUAACGAGUGUUUAUUCUUCGUUGUUUUAUCUGUUUACAUCACUUUUAAAAAAAGGGAUUACUGUGAAGGUAUUGUCAUGGAAAAUCUCAGGAUUCCCAGCUGAACCAUGGACACGUCGCGGGAAAGCUGAUGGUCCCGUUUUUACCAUUAAAAGAGGAGCCGAAAGGACUAGUUGGAGAGAAGUUGCAAAGCUGCUACUCUCCUUUGUGACUCACCUCCCAUCCACUAUCCCGAGUUUGAUUCAAAGUUAGAAGGCAAGAUGGCGGCCGAUUCCGUGCAGGGGGACACAAUGGGUCACCAAGUGUCCGAGCGCCUCGGCCUGGGCCACAACCUAGACCUGUCCGACACCAUGGUGCAGCAGAAGCUGGACGAGAUCAAGGACCAGAUCAAGCGCGAGAUCCGCAAAGAGCUGAAGAUCAAAGAGGGCGCCGAGAACCUGCGCAAGGUAACCACUGACAAGAAGAGCCUGGCCUACGUGGACAACAUGCUGAAGAAGUCCAGCAAGAAGGUGGAGGAGCUCCAUCAGGAGCUGCAAGAGCUCAACGCCCACAUUGUGGUGAAGGACCCCGACGAGCUUCUAGUAUCUGAAUGUCCCAUGACCCCCGACACCCCGAGCAGCGAGCACCGGACCUGCACCAACAGUAGCCGCCUGGCCGCCCUGAAGAGGCAGAAUGACAUUGAGCUCAAAGUCAAACAGGGCGCUGAGAAUAUGAUCCAGAUGUACUCCAACGGCUCCUCCAAGGAUCGCAAGCUGUUAGCUGCCGCCCAACAGAUGCUCCAGGACAGCAAGACGAAGAUUGAAUUCAUCCGCAUGCAAAUCCUCAAAGCCACCCAGGCUAGUGAAAUGGGCUUUGAGAGUAAUGAUGUUCCUGGCACCAAGCCCAUCAUCAGUCCUCUGGACCUGCGGCUGGAGGAGCUGCGGCAUCACUUCCGGAUAGAGUCGGCCCUGGCAGAGGGCGCCCGCAACGUCAUGAAGCUGCUGGACAAGGUGGCGGAGAAGAAGGGACACUCUGAGGCCCAGGCGGUGCUGAAUGACUCCAGUCAGAAGCUGGACCUGCUGAAGUACUCCCUGGAGCAGCGGCUGAGCGAGCUGCCCAAGAACCACCCCAAGAUCAGCGAGGUCAAGGAGGAGCUGGCCAUGGUGGUGUCGCCGCCGCUCAGCCCGCGCCAGAGCAUCAUCUCCACACACACCCAGUACAGCACGGUGGCCAAGCCGGCCGCGCUCACCGGUACGCUGGACGUGAGGCUCAUGGGCUGUCAGGACCUGCUGGAGACGGUCCCGGGCCGCGCCAAGGGGGGGACCAUGACGCUGCCGGGCUGGAGCCCCAGCGACGCCCGCUCCUCCUUCAUGAGCCGCAGCAACAAGAACCGCGGCAGCAGCAGCCGCAACCUCUCCAAGUCCGACGAGCUGACCAAUGAGAUCAGUGCUGUGCUGAAGUUGGAUAACACGGUGGUGGGCCAGACCAGCUGGAAGCCUGUCAGUAACCAGGCCUGGGACCAGAAGUUUACCCUCGACCUGGACAGGUCGCGUGAGCUGGAGAUUGCGGUGUACUGGCGCGACUGGCGCUCCCUGUGUGCCGUCAAGUUCCUGCGACUCGAGGACUUCCUGGACAACGAGCGCCAUGGCAUGUGCCUGUACCUGGAGCCACAGGGCACACUGUUCGCUGAGGUUACCUUUUUCAACCCUGUUAUUGAGAGAAGACCGAAACUACAAAGACAAAAGAAAAUCUUCUCCAAGCAGCAAGGGAAAACGUUCCUGCGUGCGCCACAGAUGAACAUCAACAUCGCCACGUGGGGUCGGCUGGUCAGGAGGGCCAUCCCCUCGGUGAACAACUCCUACAGUCCCCAGGUGCCUGACCUGUCAGAGCUGGGCCCCGAGACCACCCCUAUCAGCCCCGCAGACUCCCCCACACUCUCCAGCAACACUACAGUGACCAAACUGGACUUUGACAAAGAGGACACCCCUCUACACAAGCGCCACUCGAUCGCUGUGGACAUGCCCGAGGUGCUGGCAGAGGGCAAGCUGCCGGAUGGGAAAGCAGUGCAGGAUGCGCUGGCGACCUUUGACUUCCUGAACGACCGGCGGAGCAGCGUGGUGGUGGUGGGGCCCCCAGGCCACGACAGUCUGGUGGAGGACGAGACCCCUCAGCCGGAGCUGGAGCUCACCGCCGUCCAGCCCAAAGCAGAGAUCAAGGAGGAGGAGGAAUUCCAGUUCAGCCUCAAAGACUUCAAAUGUGUUGCAGUCCUUGGCCGUGGACACUUUGGGAAGGUCCUACUGGCGGAGUACAAGAGCACAGGGGAAAUGUUUGCCAUCAAGGCCCUGAAGAAAGGAGACAUUGUGGCUCGUGAUGAGGUGGACAGUCUUAUGUGUGAGAAGCGCAUCUUUGAGACGGUGAACAGCGUGCGGCACCCGUUCCUGGUCAACUUAUUCGCCUGCUUCCAGACCCGAGAGCAUGUGUGCUUCACCAUGGAGUACGCUGCUGGAGGCGACCUCAUGAUGCACAUCCACGCUGACGUCUUCUCUGAGCCCCGCGCCGUUUUCUAUGCUGCUUGUGUGGUCCUAGGAUUGCAGUUCCUUCAUGAUCAUAAGAUCGUCUACAGAGACCUGAAGUUGGAUAAUCUCUUGCUGGAUACAGAAGGCUAUGUGAAGAUCGCUGACUUUGGCCUGUGCAAAGAAGGCAUGGGGUUCCGGGACCGCACCAGCACGUUCUGCGGCACGCCCGAGUUCCUGGCUCCGGAAGUGUUGACGGAGACGUCGUAUACGCGGGCGGUGGACUGGUGGGGCCUAGGCGUACUCAUCUUCGAGAUGCUCGUCGGAGAGUCACCAUUCCCCGGUGAUGAUGAGGAGGAGGUGUUUGACAGCAUUGUCAACGAUGAAGUUCGCUACCCACGAUUCCUCUCCACAGAAGCCAUCUCCAUCAUGAGAAGGUUGUUGAGGCGAAACCCGGAAAGGCGUCUGGGAGCAGGGGAGAGAGAUGCAGAGGAAGUGAAGAGGCAUCCCUUCUUUAGAAGCGUCGACUGGAACGGCCUCCUGGCCAAGAAGGUCCGGCCGCCUUUCGUCCCCACCAUCAAGGGCCGCGAGGACGUCAGCAACUUCGACGACGAGUUCACCUCCGAGGCGCCCAUCCUGACGCCGCCCCGCGAGCCCAGAAUCCUCACCUCCAACGAGCAGGAGAUGUUUGGCGACUUCGACUACAUCGCCGACUGGUGUUAGCAACUCCCACCCACCCUUCAAUUACAAAAGAAAAAAAACCCCAACAAAAAACACCAAACCAAACGUCAACUCUGCCCGCCGCCCUCUGUUGUCAUGUUCAAUACUGUGAACCCCCACUCACUGAACAAGCAAGACUCGCCCAUCGCAACGAGCGGUCAGGGUCGUCCACCCACCGCCAUCCUACGUUUUUAUGGAUUGCUCGUUUUCUUCUUCUCCUCCUCUUGUCUGUGCCAUUGAAGGGACUUUUUUUUAUUUUAAAGGAAGGACUUUUUUUCUUUUAUUUUUUUUUUAAUUUUUUUUUUAACUAAAAUCAAUCGAAAAAUCUGUACCCACAAAUAUGAGUAUAUAUAUAGGUGUUUGCCCUAUAUGGUAUCCAUUUUGUCUUGUCGGAGCACUGGGAUUGUUUAAAAUGGACUCCUUUUGUAUAAGAUCUCAACUGGAUGACUCAUGCUUUUGUGUCAUUUUCCCCCUCUCCUGUUGGUAUGCUGAGCUUUGUCAAAGUAAUACUCUUUUUUUUUUUUUUUUGGUCACUUAAUGUUAAAGAGAUCCUCCACCUUUUUUUGUUCACGUAAAAACACUAUGUUGAUAUUUCAUCAGCCUCUAAGUCAGAGAAAUGUGCCUGUUAAUGGAAGAGACUGAGUGUAUCUGAGCGGUUAUUGGACUGUAGUCUAGCCUGGUGGGGGGGGGGAACCGUUAAGUGCUUCCUCUCUCCACAUCAGGACUAAAAAAAGACCUCUGUGCACCUCGAAGACAAUCAUUGGCUGUCUGUCCCCAUUCAUAACACUAUAUCUUCCCCUUUUUUGUAUUUAUGUUUUCAUUUUUUUUUUUUAUUAUUCUUUUGUUUUUCUUCACCCCACAAUGCCUUAAAUUCUCUCGUGGAUGAACGGCUUACAAAAACACUAAUAGUCAGGUACUAAAAGAAAUCUACCAAAGCUAGCUGCCAAAUACUCCUCCCACUCAAGGUCUUUAGAUAAUCAACAAGGCAUUGGCCAAGAUGGUGAAGUUAAUGGAUGAGUGCAUUUGAAACUUCAAGAAGUUGUUUCACGGUGAUACAGGGGGAAAAAACUGCAUUGGGUUGUCAACUAUUUGAUGUUUUUUCCCCAAACUCUACCAGAUCCCUGUUAACAAUCAUGUACUCUUACAAAAAAGUAAGUUAUAGUUUUAUACUGUAUUUUUUAGAGUAAUAGCAUUUUGAAUCUGCUGUAUGGUAUGACAUGUUUUUGUUUUUAAUAUAUGGAUGUAUGGACAUCAAAAAAGGAGAGGGCAGCUCGAACUUGAGAGCGAUUCUGAACUUCUCAAAACGGAAUGUAAAAAUGUAUAUUCAUCAGAAUGAAAACAAAGUGUAUAUUUUUUUCCUUUUGUUUGGCAUGCAUGUAUGCCAAAGCAGGCUGUAUUUUAAAUAGUGUUUUUUAAAGGACCUUUGUAGUCUGGCUCUUUUUAAAUAUCGCCUGAACUCUGUCCGUUAUGGGAUGCCAUGUGAAGAGGGACUGGCUCUGGUCAUCGCUUUUGCAGACUUGGAUGUUGACCUCGUUAUCCUCCCUGGUCCCGUGACAUUGUAGCACUUGGGCAUUGAAGUAUGGAGGCCUGGGGAUGCAGACUGUUUAAUGAUGCUGGCUGGUUGCCCCUCCUUGGACUAGGGCAUGUGGACCCACAGCGCAUUGGGUGGGCCUGGACUAUGAGGACGUCUGAGGUAGACCCCCACCUUUCCCCCCCCCACACACACACACAUACACCAAGGGAACCACCCAGUGGACCACCAAAAAAACACUCUGAGCAGUAGAACUUUCAGCUUGAAUCCUGGUCAUCUUGUCUACGUCCCAUCCACCCCGACCCCUCGUUUUCCUCUACACACCACCCCUUCCAAAGGAGCUUCUGUGAGGAAUGUAUGCGCUGAAUAAACGGAUGGAGAUCCUGUGUUUUAGAA